AUGACUCCGGAGGCGGCCUGGUCACGCCCCUUGCUCCGCUGUCAAGUCUGCUCUGUGCUCUGCCUCAGUCUGCUCUGCCCCAGUCUGCUCUGUGCUCUACCCCAGUCUGCUCUGUGCUCUGCCUCAGUCUGCUCUGUGCUCUGCCUCAGUCUGCUCUGUGCUCUGCCUCAGUCUACUCUGUGCUCUGCCCCAGUCUGCUCUGUGCUCUGCCCCAGUCUGCUCUGUGCUCUGCCUCAGUCUGCUCUGUGCUCUACCUCAGUCUGCUCUGCCCCAGUCUGCUUUGUGCUCUGCCCCAGUCUGCUCUGUGCUCUGCCUCAGUCUGCUCUGUGCUCUGCCUCAGUCUGCUCUGUGCUCUGCCUCAGUCUGCUCUGUGCUCUACCUCAGUCUGCUCUGCCUCAGUCUGCUCUGUGCUCUGCCUCAGUCUGCUCUGCCUCAGUCUGCUCUGUGCUCUGCCUCAGUCUGCUCUGUGCUCUGCCUCAGUCUGCUCUGCCUCAGUCUGCUCUGUGCUCUGCCUCAGUCUGCUCUGUGCUCUACCUCAGUCUGCUCUGCCCCAGUCUGCUCUAUGCUCUGCCUCAGUCUGCUCUGUGCUCUGCCUCAGUCUGCUCUAUGCUCUGCCCCAGUCUGCUCUAUGCUCUGCCCCAGUCUGCUCUAUGCUCUACCUCAGUCAUGCUCUGUGCUCUGCCCCAGUCUGCUCUGUGCUCUGCCCCAGUCUGCUCUGUGCUCUGCCUCAGUCUGCUCUGUGCUCUACCUCAGUCUGCUCUGUGCUCUGCCUCAGUCUGCUCUGUGCUCUGCCUCAGUCUGCUCUGUGCUCUACCUCAGUCUGCUCUGCCUCAGUCUGCUCUGUGUUCUGCCUCAGUCUGCUCUGUGCUCUGCCUCAGUCUGCUCUGUGCUCUGCCUCAGUCUGCUCUAUGCUCUGCCCCAGUCUGCUCUAUGCUCUGCCCCAGUCUGCUCUAUGCUCUACCUCAGUCAUGCUCUGUGCUCUGCCCCAGUCUGCUCUGUGCUCUGCCCCAGUCUGCUCUGUGCUCUGCCUCAGUCUGCUCUGUGCUCUACCUCAGUCUGCUCUGUGCUCUGCCUCAGUCUGCUCUGUGCUCUGCCUCAGUCUGCUCUGUGCUCUACCUCAGUCUGCUCUGCCUCAGUCUGCUCUGUGUUCUGCCUCAGUCUGCUCUGUGCUCUGCCUCAGUCUGCUCUGUGCUCUACCUCAGUCUGCUCUGCCUCAGUCUGCUCUGUGCUCUACCUCAGUCUGCUCUGCCCCAGUCUGCUCUAUGCUCUGCCUCAGUCUGCUCUAUGCUCUGCCCCAGUCUGCUCUGUGCUCUACCUCAGUCUGCUCUGUGCUCUACCCCAGUCUGCUCUGUGCUCUACCUCAGUCUGCUCUGUGCUCUACCUCAGUCUGCUCUGUGCUCUGCCCCUGUCUGCUCUGUGCUCUGCCUCAGUCUGCUCUGUGCUCUGCCCCAGUCUGCUCUGUGCUCUGCCCCAGUUAAAGCAAGGACACGGGAGCGGGGAGAGGAGGAGGUGGUGGUGGAGGCGGAGGAGGAGGAGGAGGAGGAGGAGGUGGUCUGUGUGCUGAGACUGAGACGCGGCGACAUACGGAUGACUGGACUCUGA